AUGAAGUUUCUGUGUGCUCACGAGUGCUCUGGCGAGCACCACCUGAUCAUCGACGACUCGGCAAACCUAUCGCGGGUGGUCAUCAGCCGCAUCACCAACAUCAUCGAGUCUGGGGCCAAGCCGAUCCUGGUCAACGAGAACCUGGCAGUGCAGGCUCUGAACAGUGCGCUCUUCAACCAGCAGGAGCUUGAAGUUGUGCAGAAGAAGAUAGAGAUCCGAGAUCUGGAGACCUUUGGUCGUUGCGAGGUGGAUAACGUUGUCGAUCGGGUCUUUGUCACGAUGAAGAACGAUUCCCCAGUCAAGCGUCAGCUAUAUGAGCGGUGCAAGAAACUGAGAAUCCCUAUCAACACGAUCAACUCUUCUGAGCUUUCGUCGUUCACCAUGCUGUCCACAUACAAGAAGGGCGAUUUCCAGCUGGGAGUGACAACCACGCACCAGAGCUGCAAGCUGGCGAACCGGCUAAAAAGAGAGAUCGUUCAGAAGCUGCCUGAAAAUCUGGACCGGAUCGUUAGCAAUAUUGGGAAUUUGAAGCGCAGGAUUCAGUUCAUUGACAGCGAGGAUGAGGACAUCCUGGAUGACGUGAAGGACGCUAAGAGGCCCAGAUGGCUUUCGCAGAUCAUCGAGUACUACCCUCUCAGCAAGCUCGCAGACAUUUCCGUUUCUGAUCUGACCGAUGCCUAUGCCAAUAUGCCUGUGGUGGAACUACAGGACGCUACGAAACAGGGCCGCAUUUCUUUGGUCGGAUCAGGCCCGGGCUCGCUUUCGAUGCUCACGGUAGGUGCCCUGCACGAAAUCUACAACGCAGAUCUUAUCUUGGCCGACAAACUGGUGCCGCAGCAGAUCAUAGACAUCAUUCCUCAAAGAACCGAAGUUUUCAUUGCCAGAAAAUUCCCCGGGAAUGCCGAAAAUGCACAGCAGGAGCUGCUCAACAUCGGCCUCGAAAACCUGCGGCAAGGAAAACACAUUGUGCGUCUCAAACAGGGUGACCCGUACAUCUUUGGCCGCGGCGGCGAGGAGUACAACUUCUUUGCCUCGCACGGCUACAGGCCUGUUGUGAUGCCGGGCUUGACGUCGGCGCUGGUGGCACCGGUCGUUGCAACCAUUCCCACUACACACAGAGACGUCUCCGACCAGGUCCUGGUGUGCACCGGCACGGGAAAGAAGGGGAAGUUACCCGACUUGCCAGCUUUCGAGGCGAACAGAACAGUGGUGUUUCUGAUGUCGCUGGGCAAAAUGGUGGAUAUUCUGCCGUUGUUGUACGACAGAAAGUGGCCAACAGAUCUGCCGGUGUGUGUGGUGGAAAGAGCUUCAUGUCCGGACCAGCGUCUGAUUCGCACCCGACUGGGAGAUUUGAUUAACGUUUUAAAGUCUGUGGAAAGCCGGCCGCCAGGGUUGUUGGUGACGGGAUACUCCUGCGACGUCUUAUGCAAGUUGGAAGAAGGCCAGACAUACCGCAUCGAGGAGGGCUACCAGGAGACCCAUGUGCGGGCGUCAUUGCAUGAGAUAAUUGGCGUCCUGAGCGAGGAUAAACCGGUCAAACAGACGCAUGUAUAA